AUGGUUCCCUUUUCCUACGGCACCAGCCUCUACGCAGCUGCUACGGCCCUCGAGCUCGCCACAUUCUUCGUUCUCCUCGUCGUCUGCGUCUUGCAAUUCUGCUUUGUCCGACGCCAUGGCGACGCUGCCCGGACCUGGGUCAAAUGGGCCCGAUACUCGCUCGCCCUUUACACCUUCACCAUCUUUGUUCUAUGCGGCGACUCGCUCAUUGCGACCGUGUACGACCGCUUCGUCGACCGGCGCAUCGAAUUCUUCGCCUCGGAGGAGAGGGGCCUCACCCAGGCGCGCGGCUUCCUUGACAGCAUCUGGUGGCUGUGCGAGGCCGUCGUCCGCGUGCUCCUGCUCGUCACCCUCGCGGCGCUCGGCGCGGGCCUCGCCAUGGCACGCUCCGUCGGGGGCGCCGCAGCGCCGGCAGGAUGGACUCGAAUGCCGUCGCUGGCCGGGGCCGCCGGCGGGCUGACGCUGCUGCUCGCGGUGUCGCUAUUUGGCGUGCGCUGCUACUUUUGGGCGCACUACUACGAUUGGCAGCAGGAGAGGCAGGGGCUCGUGCAGGGUCGGGCGCCGCUAGGCAAGGUCGCAUUGGGCAAGCUCAACCGGGUGACGAUUGACAUGGACUUUGCGCUGAACUGCAUCUGGCUGGCCCUGUCGUUGCUGGUGCUGGGCUUGGCGGUCCGGACGCGAGCGCUGAGUCGCUCGGCGCCUCAUACCAAAACAGCUUCAAACUACUUCCUCACCUGCGCGGCUCUCUUUGUGGCGCAGCCUCUCUACAACAUCAUCAUCCUCAUCAUCUUCUACGUCAACACAUCCUACGUGCCGGGAGUGAUGGUCACCAUGGUCACCGACGUCGUCUUCCGCGUGUGGUCAUAUGUCCUGAUCCUGCUCAUCCUGUUUGUGCUGGGCCGCAAAAAGAUUGGCGGCGUGUGGUCGACGCAGCAGCCGUUCCAGACAAAGGACGCCGCGGCGGGCGAGACGGUGUACCAGACGCCGUGGGGCUACACGGUCACACACCAGACGGCACCGCAGCAAGUUCCUGUACAUGGUUCGCAGGCGCAGCUGAACAAUUAUUAUGCGCAGCCGCAGCAAGGCGCGCAGGAUGUUCAACAUCAAUAUCAGCAGAACCAAUAUCAGCAGCAGCAGCAGCAGCAGCCGCACUAUGGCUGA